AAUGCAUUGAUGAGUUGAAUGUACUGCUAUUGUGACGUGGAUGCAUCGGUGGACUCUACCAAUUUUGCCCAUCUCCACAUAUACAUCACUGCCUUCGACCUUGACUGUAAUAUUUCACUCUCUCUCGCCCGUCGGGACGCGUGGAGCUGGUCUUAUACAUACACCACUAUAUGUCCCAACGAUACAGAGCACCAAAUGCAGCGCUACGAGACCGUUCAGCUCUCCUCGGCGUGACACCUCCAGCCUCAGGGCGCUCGUCACCGUUUAACAGCCUCAACCCAGGGCCUUCUGGCCACCGCUACGUUGAUGACCUGGAAGGUCAGAAUGAUGAGGCGUUGGAGGGCUUGGCAGCAAAGGUGAAGUUGCUCAAGGAUAUUACCAUUGGGAUUGGGAACGAGGUUCGAGAAUCGACCGUGCAACUCAGCCAGAUGAAUGAUGCAUUCGCGGAGACUUCGGGCAUCCUCGCCGGCACGUUUCGCCGGAUGAACAACAUGGCACAGCGGCAGGGUUGUCGAUGGCUAUGGUACAUCCUAUUUCUCGUACUCGUGUUCUGGUUCUUCAUCAUUGUAUGGUGGUUUCGGCGGUGACAAUCACCCACUACGGAUGUUACUUUUGAUCAAUCACUGAAGAUUGCAGAGUGCGCCUUCUUCAUCAUUCAACUCACACCACGCCAUUAUUAGCAAAUGCUAAUACAGAGUAUCGUAAAACCAUGUAACAAAAGCAAGACGUAGAUGCCCAUUAAUGUCAUGGGCCGUCCAGGAACUUGGCAUGACCAAUUUCCCAAAUCAUCCGCCGCCGCAAGUAGGCCAUGUCCCGC